GGAGGGUUUCUUUAAAUCAGGAGAAAAUACCAAUGGGAGGCGGGGCUAUGCUCAUCGCAGUCUCUACACCGUCCGAGCGCUCCUUAGAAAUAGAUCCACUGAACAGAGCGAGCAACAGGCGCCUCACUGCGGGGAAAUGAAACACGUUUCAGGUCUCCAACAUACAGACGAGUCGCACAGAGCCGCGGAUCUCUUCUUGACUCGAGUUUUCCCACUUUCUCAGCCUGACAUCACGCGCCGCACAGGAUCAUGUCCCCCUCUCGCGCUCAGUUACCGCUGCCUCUUUGGAACGAAGUUGAGUGAAAGAGAAAGUCCCCAUUGAAAUUGAUCCUGCGCACUUGUUGUGUUCCUACUGAGGCUGUACCCGUGGAGAUGCUGUUAGAAUCUUCUUUCUUUUGAGUUGUUGUUAUUUUUCCUGCAGAUUCAUUCGAACUAUGUGGAUUUUGUUUUUGAUCACUCUGGCACUCAGGUCAGAUGUAGGGUGGUCGGUGGAGAUGUUUCGCACAGGUGUGGCCCCUCGCUGUGAUAGCCGAGCCUGUAAUCCACGCAUGGGAAACCUUGCCCUUGGUCGCAGGGUCCUAACACAGACUGUAUGUGGGAACAAUGGCACAGAACAGUACUGCUCCUAUGCUGACCCCAACAUCAACUUGGCCUGCAGCAGUGCCAAAUGUGCCAAGUGCAACGCUGGACUACCCUUCCUAUCACACCUAGCGGGAGCCAUGUCUGAUUCAUCUUUCCGCCACCCUAACACAUGGUGGCAGUCAGCAGAAGGCAUGGAGUCAGAAACAGUGCAGCUGAAUUUGGAAGCUGAGUUCUACUUCACGCACCUGAUCUUGGUUUUUAAAUCUACGCGACCUGCUGCCAUGACGCUAGAGCGCUCGCAGGACUUUGGGAAAACAUGGAAGAUGCUGCAGUAUUAUGCCUCCAACUGUAGUGCUGCCUUUGGUAUAGAAGAAGAGAAGGCAACAGUGGGCCGUGAUGGGGCCACAUGCACUUCCAAAUACUCCGGGGCUUUUCCCUGUCACCGUGGAGAGGUGAUCUACCGGACCCUUCCUAAGUGGGAGUCUGUGGAUCCUUUUGGGAUGGAGGGCCAGCAGCAGCUGAGAUUGACCAAUAUCCGAAUCCGAUUGUUGAAGCAUCAGUCAUGUCCCUGCCAGGCUAAAGACUUAGCCUCUGCUCAGAGAGCUCUCCCAACGCAGCACUUUGCUAUUUAUGACCUGAUAGUAAAGGGAAGCUGUUUCUGUAAUGGCCAUGCUGAACAGUGUGUUCCUGCCGCAGGCUACCAGCCUGUGAAAGACCGCACCAAUCAUGUGGUUCAUGGAAAGUGUGUAUGCCGACACAACACAGCAGGUGAACACUGUGAGGUGUGUGCCCCCCUCUAUAAUGACCGACCAUGGCAGCCUGCUGAUGGGAUUACUGGAGCACCACAUGAAUGUCAAAAGUGUAAAUGCAACGGACAUGCUCAAAGCUGCUUUUUUGACUGGUCAGUGUGGCAUGAGACAACCCAGCGUAGUGGGGGUGUGUGCCACUGUCUUCACAACACAGAGGGUCGACAAUGUGACAAGUGCAAAUCAGGCUUCUACAGAGAUGCCAAGCGACCCUUCACUGCUCCGGACUCAUGCAAACCUUGUGAAUGUCACCCACUGGGAUCCAUGCCCUUCCACUUGUCUGAGAGCUCACUGUGUGAUCCUACAAAUGGAAACUGCAUCUGCAAACCAGGAGUGUCAGGGGCCCAUUGUGACAGGUGCAUGGUGGGAUACUGGGGAUUCCACAAAUAUGGCUGCCAGCCCUGUGACUGUCCAGGAGACUGCGAUCCCUUCACAGGGGAUUGUAUGCUUGGGUCGGAUUUAGAAACUUAUAACUCAAGUGAACCGAUGAAGAUCUUCCGAACAGAUGAACUCUUCUCAGCUUUGCACUAUUCAGAGAAAUGUGAGUGCAAAGAGCAAGCCUUGACCAACAGCAAACUCUUCUGCACAAUGAAUUAUACAUAUGUGCUUAAGGUGAAAGUGCUGUCGGCCCACGAUAAGGGCUCUCACGCAGAGGUAGAGGUCAAAGUUCAAAAGGUGCUGAGUCACAACACAAGGGUGAAAAUACAAAAGGGUCGAGUCAUCCUUUACCCUGAAUCCUGGACAGCACGAGGUUGCACCUGCCCUAUCCUUAAUCCAGGGUUAGAAUAUCUGGUGGCUGGCCACAUGGACCGUAAGCAAGAUCACCUUCUUGUCAAUAUGAAGAGUUUUGUGAAGCCCUGGAAGGCAAGCUUGGGUCGGAAAGUCCUCUCACUACUCAAAAAAGACUGCAACUGGUAGACAUGAAAUAUUUUCACUUCAAACAAUACAGAAGUUUUUAUUUAUGGUCACCUAUUUGUGGAUUUAUGAAACAUAAAGACUGUAGUGUGUAAUGUUUCUGUUCAAAGUCAAGGUGAUGGUAGAAUCCACACUGGGUUUAAGUUUUUCAAUGAACCAGCCUUAUGAGUAUAAAAUGCUGUGUACAUAUUUUCUUAUUUAGGAUUUGCUACACUACAGCUCUGUAAAUUAAGACCUGUGCUUAUUUUGAGGAAGUGAAUGCCUUUUGCUUACAAAAAAAUCAGGUUGUUCUCUCUAAAGCACUUUACCAUAAGAUGGACUGAUGGAAAUGGACGCACAAGUGAAAAGGCCUAAUCACAACAUCUUUACAGUGUAUAUAUUUAUGUAAAGACUGAACAAGCCAUACAAGCCACUGCAGGUGGUUAAUUCUUAGCCAGUCCAGGUGUGCUUGUGUUGUAAUCAGUGUGAAUGGGUAAUACCUGAGCAUGAAUGUAUUUGUCUGCCUGUAUUGGGAAUGUGUGUGUGUAUGUGUGGAGAAAUGUAACUCAAACAAGUAGGGGUAAAGCGGCUAUCUAUGGUCAAGAAUGCUGCUCUGAUUCUGUCCAGUUUUAGUCCAAAUUGUGUAUACUACAAAUCAACAGUUUUUAUUAAUUUCAUUAUCAUACUUGCUGAACUUUGUAUUAUUCUCUAUGUUGUUUUGUACAGUAUUAUUUUUAUCUAUAAAUAUGAUUGUGUACUUUUUAAUCUCUAGUUAUUAUGUCUUCUCAUUCAUAAGUAUUCCUACUAGAGCAUGUUUAAAAUUGCUCUGUUAUGUAAUCCUGCUUAAUGAUGCCAGUUUAAACCAUUACUCAUAGUUCUAGUUCUAAAUGCCGCAGACUACAACAAAGUGAAAAGAAUGAAAUGUUUUUAUUGUUUGAAACAUUGUUGCUUGAACACACCUCCCUGAAGGCACAGUAUUAACAUUUGAUAUGAGAGCUUAGACCUUGACAUUCUUCACAUUAAUUUGACAAAAAUAUCCGUAUCAACCCAUUCUGUUUUACGCAUAUGUUUCUAUGUGGGUGUCACCUAACAUUAAGCCAUCCAUCAUCUCACUUAAAUAUUUUCUGUUUUGCUCACACACUAACGCCAAAUGUAGAGCAGAAUAGACACUUUGGUGCAAGUAUGUACACAUUUUUGGGCAAAGGUAUCUAAUGUUUUCUUCAGACUUAUCGUGACGUGCUUGGCUGAGAGGUGUUGGCACAUUCUUGGCGCAUCAUACACCUCUCUGCAGCAGGAAUGGUUGUAGGACACUCACCUAUCCAACCGGAGUGAGGCAGAUGUAGAAGAAUUUGGCAAAUUAGCCAGAUAGCUUCAUGUACCCAUAUCUCCUCAUUUGUGGCCCAUUCGCAGAUUGGUGGCAAGGGUUACUGCUUUCCCUGAUUUAUGCCAAGUGCAGUCCAGACAACUGGGGCAGGGGUGAAUGAGUACAAAAGAUAGGGAUAGGGAAGACUGUGCUUUGAAGGCAUGGAAAGCCCUUGUUAGAUAUAGAGAUAAUCAAAAGUUUGGACACACCUUCUUAUUGAGUGUUUUUUGCUUUUCCAUAUUGCAAAUACAUACUGAAGACAUCAAAUAUGUGAAGCAAAAUGUAGAUUUAAAAGCAGGAAAGAAAAAAAAACUCUAAAUAUAUAUUUUAGAUUCAGAUUCCUAAAAGUAGCCACUCUUUGCCACCCUUUCUUCAGUGUGUGUCCACAAUGUGUGCAAUGCAAAGGGUGACUAUUUGUAGUCAUUUAAUUAUAAAAUAUGCUUUAUGCUUUUAUUUCACAUGUUUUUGUUACUACAUUCCAUAUGUGAUGCCUUUGAUG